AGUUCGUACGAGAUUUUCUACUUGUCAAAAAUUUGGUGAUCAGUGUGGGCAAUUUUAGGUUAAUUUCAAUUUACGCGUGAUUUUCGCUUGUUUUCAUUAUAUUUGUGUUGUUUUUACUUAUAAUUAAUUUGAAAAUAUGGGAAAAGUAAGAUCAGCGCCGGGUGCUCCCCGUAAACAGGGGUUUAAUAAAUCUGGGCAUUCUAUGAACCCGGAUCGCCCAACAGAAGGAUUGAAGGGCGUUGGAAAUGCAAGAACAAAAGGAACAAUCAAAAGGUUACAGAUGUACCGCAAUUUCAAAGCUAAACGAGACAAGACAGGAAAAAUUUUAACUCCUGCACCAUUUCAAGGUUGGCUUCCUUCUGGAACAAGGGCUCGUGUUGAACCUAACCAAAAGUGGUUUGGAAAUUCUAGAGUUAUAUCACAAAGUGCUUUACAGAAAUUCCAGGAAGAAUUUGGUGCAGCUGUGAGAAAUCCUUAUCAGGUGGUAAUGAAACCUACCAAUCUUCCUAUAACUUUGCUAAAUGAAAAAGCUAAGAAUGCUCGUGUACAUUUAUUGGAUACAGAAGGAUUCGAUAAAACUUUUGGUCCUAAAAAACAGAGAAAAAGGGUUAAUUUAAAGUUUGGUGACAUCACAGCUUUAUCAAAAGCUGUGGAGGAGAGCACAGAAAAAUAUGAUGAGGCUAAGGAUAUAGACAGAGUGCGAGAAGACUCUGGGGUCAAAGAAGGGCAGAGAGACUGGGUUUUUGGAGCUGGAAUGAGUAAAAGAAUUUGGAAUGAGCUGUAUAAAGUGAUUGACUCUUCUGAUGUCUUAUUACAAAUUUUAGAUGCUCGUGAUCCAAUGGGUACUAGAAGCCCUUAUGUGGAGAAAUUCCUUAAAGAGGAGAAGCCACAUAAACAUCUUAUUUUUAUUUUGAACAAAGUUGAUUUAGUUCCCAAUUGGGUAACUCAAAGAUGGGUUGCAAUUUUAAGUGCAGAAUAUCCAACAGUUGCAUUCCAUGCUUCAAUGACACAUCCUUUCGGAAAGGGUUCAUUGAUCAAUCUUCUGCGUCAAUUUGCCAAGUUGCAUAUAGAUAAAAAACAAAUAAGUGUUGGUUUGAUAGGAUACCCAAAUGUUGGUAAAUCAUCAGUCAUUAACACUCUUAGGUCAAAGAAAGUUUGUAAGGUUGCACCUAUUGCUGGAGAGACUAAAGUUUGGCAGUACAUAACCUUGAUGAGAAGAAUAUUCCUGAUAGACUGUCCAGGUAUUGUAUACCCUUCAGCAGAAACAGACACUGAAAAGGUUCUCAAAGGGGUUGUGAGAGUUGAAUUAGUACAAAAUCCUGAUGAUUAUAUUGAAGAAGUGAUAAAGAGAGUUAGAAAAGAAUAUCUCAUCAAAACUUACAAGGUUGAUGGGUGGGAGACAGCCACAGAAUUUUUAGAAAAAAUGGCUGCUCGCACAGGAAAGUUGUUAAAGAAAGGAGAACCUGAUAUUAAUCAAGUUGCAAGGAUGGUGCUCAAUGAUUGGCAAAGAGGGAAACUUCCUUUUUAUGUGGCACCAGAAGGAUUUGAAAUUCCUCUGACUAAACAACAACCAGAGGUAGAACAACCAACUGCCACCACUACUGAUGUCAACAAUGAACAAGUAGAAUCCCAAGAUAUGUCAAAACCAGAUGAGAAUGAUGUUACAGAGAAACCUGUUCUUAAUAUCAACAAAUUGGUUAUUGCCCAAGAUUUUGCGAAAAUUAGAGUUGGUUUACAGUUUGACAAUGAUGAUGACGUUAAACCCUUAGAAAAAAUGAAUAUUCCUGAAGAACUAAAGGAUAUUGAUGAUGUAAAUAAUGUUGCUGAUGUAUCACAAGAUGGUGAAAUAGACAAAAAUGAAGACGAUGGUGAUGAUUCUUCUGACAUAAGUGAUGUGUAUAGUAAUGAUGAAAAUAUUUGCAGUGAUUUGGAAGAUUAUUUGACCAAUGAUCCAGAAACAGUAAAAGAAUUGAAGAGAAAGAAACUAGAGGCAGCAAGUGGUGAAUUUAUUGUUGAUGAAGUACCACAGAAGGGGAAGAAACGGAAAGUAAACAAUGAAGUUACACCAAAGAAAGUUACAGCGAAGCAAAGAAGAGCUAUUGAAAGGGCUCAACGUCGUACUAAAACUGGAAGCAACUUUUAUGAAGUGUCUAAUAUGUCAUCUGGGAGUGAUAGCGAUGAAGAUUUUAUACCUGGUGAACCAGAACAGGUAUCUGAAGAAGGUUCUGCUGACGAAGAGACUGAUUUACAAUAUGAAAGAGAGUUAGAACACAAGAGUAAGAAACGGAAAGCUGUGCCAGAAAGUAAAGGCAAAAAGAAAUUAAGGACAAGGAAUAGUAUUAAAGAAAAAUCACCUGAGCCUGAAGAAAAGCCUAAGAAAGAAGAAAUAGUGGACCCAGAAGAAGAGAAAAAAAGGGAGGAAGAUCUUUGGGCUAAGUUUCUUGAAGGCACGGAUACAAAACCAAAAGCAGCUCCUAAAACUUUAAUGACAGCUAGUGCUAAACCACCGGUCAUUGAAGAUACUAAAAAAAAUAAAGAAACUGCAAAAGAGAAAGAAAAACCUGAAGAAGAUGAUAAAGCGAGGGAGAGACGGAUCUUUGAGUUUGCUGGUGAAACUAUAGUUGUAGAGAAUAAUGUGAUAAAAGAGAAGAUCAAAACUGCAGAGAGUCCCGGGACAGGUAGAGGGUUAUCCAGUGUUUUAGAGAGUAUUAAUAAGAAGAAUAAAUUAUCAACACUGGAGAAAUCUAAACUUGACUGGAUGACCUACAAGAAGGAGGAAGGUAUCGAGGAAGAAAUUGAAAGUCAUAAUAAAGGGAAAUCGGGUUACCUCGACCGCCGCGACUUCUUGGAACGCGCCGACUACCGUCAGUACGAGAUUGAACGUGACCUGAGGAUGUCCCGUCGUAGUAACCGAUAAUUUAGACAAUUAACUGCCAUUAUUAUCAUUAAGAAUAUCUUCUAUAGACCUCUGAAUAAAUGAUACAAGGAACUAAA